CCGACUUCCGAGCUUGACAGCUAUGUCUUUGCCUUGGAGGCAAAGCUGCAAGUCUUUUCCGAGAGUCUACAUGUCAUUCGUCAUUUCCGCCACCUGGUCGAUCUGAUCGACUUGAUUCAACAGAACCGAAAUCAGCCUCGCGAAGAGAUCGGGCAGUAUGCUAGGAUUUUAUGCAAUAGAUGGUUUACAGAUCCAUUGGAACUUGAUGUGCCUGUAUUUACAAUUCCAUCGACUUCGCCGUUGAUGUCUGGCUAUUACGUCGCUACAACACAGCUGGCUUGA